CCCGCCAACAUGGUCAACCCGAGACUAGUGAACUUGCUCCUUCUCCUAUCCUUGGCAUUGGCCAGUGCCAGUGUGAGUUGGGAGCCUCCGCAGGAGACGUCCUUGGAUCUGCACGGUCUGGAGUCCUAUCAAAGUGCCACCAGGAUCCGUCGCUUGGCCGUGGAGUUCUUCGAUCGCUACCAGAACAUAACGAUUUUCGAUCUGAUCGAGCCCGAGAAUCGGGCUUCCGCUCAGGAUCUGCAGUGCUUGGCCGAUCUUCAAAUACUGAUGAAAGAUGUGGCGACCACCAAAGUUUGGGCUCUGAAAAUGAUCGAUUCGUGGGGUAGUCUGCCCUCCGGAAUCCUAACUGGCAACCUGAUCGACCUGGGCAACUACGACGAGUGCAUGGGAGUAGACCACGCGGUGACCACCAGUCACAGCAUCCGGGGAAAGUACUGCCUCGCCAGAUUUCGACUUGCACCGAGCAUCUCGCCCUACUUGUCCCUCCUGCCAGCGGUCUGCUUCCCCAGCUCCUGUUCCACCAGCCACAUGGACACCCUGCUCCGGAAACUGUUUCAGAACCUCCUGAACAUAACACUGGAUCCGGAUGUUCCAUUGGUCCGGGAAAAAACCUGCAAGACUGCCGAACGAGAAGCCUUCGAUGGUCUAACCAUAUUUACCAUAGUGGUGCUUUCGAUAUUGCUUGGUCUUGUGGUCCUAGCCACUCUUUAUGACUAUUUCGCAUGCCAGGAUAAAGCAAACAUCAAUGUGUGGAUCAAGGCUUUCUCGGCCAGGGCCAAUUGUCGAGUCCUCUUCCGAUUGGUGGAACCCAAGAGCAAUCCGAAUGUUAUAGAUUGCCUGCAUGGCAUUCGAUGCCUUUCGUUCAUUUGGGUGGUUUUUGGACACGUAUAUCUUGUCAUGGCAUUCAGUCCCAAUAUGAACUUUCCUAAACUGAAUCAGUGGACCAGAUCGGUAUACAGCAUGAUAAUACAGCAUGCCGAGUUUUCGGUGGAUACUUUCUUCUUUUUGAGUGGACUUUUGCUGGUGGUGAUUGCACUGCGAGCAAUGGAGAGAACGAAGGGAAAGCUCAAUAUACCCCUGAUGUAUCUGCAUCGUUAUCUGCGACUCACUCCGCUGUUGGCCUUGGCCAUUCUUGUCUACAUGAAAAUCCUUCCUUUGAUGGGCGAUGGUCCACUUAGCGGAAAGGUCACCUUCGAUGAUUACGCAGUCUGCGAGAAAACCUGGUACUGGACCCUCCUCUACGUCCAAAACUAUGCCACCCACGAUAUCUGCUUGGGGCAUUCCUGGUACCUGGCUGUUGAUAUGCAGCUCUACGUGAUUGCUCCUCUGCUGCUCAUCGCCCUUUUCAAGUGGCAAAGGAAGGCGGCCGCAGGGAUCUUCGUCCUUCUGCUGCUCCUCGCCUCCUGUCUCUUCAGCAUGAUGGUGAUCAAGGAUAUUUCCCUAAUUGCGCACACCAACGAUGCGAUGUAUAAGAUUUACUUUUCCACCCAAACCCGCGCAUCGCCUUAUCUGGUUGGAAUCCUCUUCGGAUACUUCUUGCACGAGAAUAGUGGCAAGCAGUUUAAAUUGAGCCCUAUUACCGUUAUUCUGGGAUGGCUGGUUGCGUUGGCCCUGCUCUUCUGCUGCUUGUUUUCCAUGUUUGAUUACUCGGCAACAACGGAACCACCGCCAAUUCUGGAGGAGGCCUUCUACCUGACCCUCGGCCGGAUCGCCUGGCCGUUGGGCCUCUGCUGGGUGGUUUUUGCCUGCAUGCAGGGAUACGGGGGAAUGGCCAACAGCUUCCUCUCCUCUCCACUGUGGCAGCCCAUGUCCAAGUUGUCCUACUCGGCCUACAUAUUCCACAUGUUCAUGGAGACUCUCAACGCGGGAUUAACUCGCACCAACACUUAUUUUGGCAACUAUCAAGUGAUGCUCCGUUUCUGGGGUGACUUUGGAUUCACCUUGCUCCUGGCCUUUGUGGCCUACAUCCUGAUGGAGGCUCCCCUUGGAAACUUGGAGAGCCUCUUGUUGCCCGCCAAGAAACCCAGUCCUCCAGCUCCAAAGGCCGAAUUAUCGCUGGAAAGCAAAAUGCCCCUGCCGAAAUAAGGAUCUCCAAGCUUCUCUAAAUAUAG